GAUCAGCGUAGCAAGAGAGGGCGCUGUUUUCAUUUACAAGUCAGCUGUUAACACGUGUAUGCGCGCUUCAUGCAUGCAUGACGCACGAAGUAUAACAAGUUGACACUUGACACUGACAGAGUCUGAAUCGGUUGGUCUUUUCAUUACUUCUGAGAUCGGCCAGGCCUCCCCUCUCCCAAACAGACGGAUCUGAUGAUUCUGAUUUUCCCGUGAUUUGUCACGAUGGAUUCAAGCAAUGCCAAAACACCAACGAGACGAUGGAUCGGACGUGGGCGAGGCGUCCUUGGUUUGUCUUCUCAGCAGAUGACGCAGAAAGAGACGAGACCUGGCCAUGUACAACAGGAAAGACUAAAUAAUGCAUCAUCUGUAAGCCAGAAUGCCAGAUCAUCAGGUCCGUCUAGAUUCCAAGAUGGGCACAAACAGCAAAUGGUCCGUCCACCAGCCAACCGGCAGCCAGCAGCAGAGGGAGACAGAAGAUCGCAGAAUUGCAGCAGUGACAUAAGGAAUGGGGGGAACAACGGCCGUAACACGGCAGCAAGACUACCGAUGCAAAACGGCAUGGCUGGUGACAAUAACAGCAGAGCCAAGACGUUACUUGCCAAGUACAGCUAUAAGGCUAACCCAGAAAGCCCCCUGGGUUUCUCGGAACUCAACAUCCGACAGGGCCAGAAGCUGACUCUAGUAGAGAAACACCCAACAAACGAACACUGGUGGAAAGUCCGGGAUGAGACGGGAGCCGUGGGUUACGUUCCUGCCAAUUACAUGAAGAUUGAAGAAGCCAAACCAAGCAUCUUGCCAUGGCUCGCUGAUAAAGUUGAAGAAGCAGAAGUUCCCACAGAGAAACCUGUUUUUAAACCCUACGUCUCGGCCUACAACAAGCAGACAGAGAACCCCGAACAGAGCAAAGAGCAAGAAAAGAACGAUUACUACUGCAGCAUUUGCGAUAAGAAGUUGAACGGGCCGAAGCCAUAUGGAGCUCACAUGACUAGCAAGGCGCACAAGGAAGAGGUCGAGAUGGCGCGAGAAAGAGGAGACGAUGUCUGAGAAUGUGUUAGAAGAGGAAGAAGGAGGUUUGAUGGGAAGGCCUGGGACACAUUGUACGGUACACAAAUAUUCCGAGAAGGACUUCUGCUUAUUUAUAAGACGGUACCCACGUGGGAUAUGGCCGCAUUGAUUUUGACUGAUUAAAUCGCUUAUCGCUACUGUACUAUCCAGAGCGCUGAUGAUCAUUGAUCCCUUUUAUAAAACUUGUGAGGGAAACACGGGCGUUGCAAUGCAUAGUGGGCAGGUUGCUUGCCAUAAACAUUGUACUUGUACUUGCAUUUUGUGCGAACUGACCAUGCGCACACUGAAGCGCUGACUUGUUAUGCUACAAAAUGUACCAAAAGAGAGUGCAUAGAAAUAAGGUCACCAGUGCUCUAUAAGCCAGCCUCAGGUCGACCUUGCGACGACACAGAUCAGUCGGCGACUGACUUUUCAGGAUCAAGCUGCGUCUGAGCUACGACCGUCGGGAACAACUCAGUCGCCAAUUUUGCGCGACCCGAGUGUAACUGCGACGAUAUUAAAAUGAUCAGCAUCAGUUGGCGCUCACAAAAAAAUCACCAGUCGUAAGAGUAAAAAAAAUCCAAUUUCUGCGCAUGUUCCGCGACCAUCACACAACUUCUCAGUUUUGUGACCUGGGCAUAAUUUGUGUACUUGAUGCCGACGAUUCCGUCGACGCGCAAGAAAAUCGAGGGUCGGCCUGAGGCUGGCUAUAGACAAUCAGGGUACAUGAAGUUAUAUCACAAAGGCCCCCUUUCAAUAACGAAAGAAUUGUACCAGCUAAUAUUCAGACAAUAGCUUGGGCAGUGCUUUUGCCAUUGAAGAGGGCCUUGUGUUUGUACCAUGAUCACGUGCCCCGAUUCAUCCAGAGGCAAUGGGAGCAAGCCAAACUAGUUCUCUCUAUUUUGUAUUUUUAACUUAGAUCAUGUCUGAAUCUGAAUUGUUGUUUCCGUGGCUUCUGUUUUUGCUGUAGAUGUUCUGCAGAGAAUAACUUUUGCAGUACACAACAGUGCCCAUAUGUUAAUUCCCUACCUCCUAUUUUCGACUUUUUUAGUUUCAUGGUCAUUUUUUUUUUUUUGGUAAAUAUACUUUGUUUACUUGUCAACAUUUAUAAACAGUUAGAUUAGGAAAAAAAGACACCAUUCAUGUAUAUCAUUUAGUCUCAAAAUAAUUUAUUUGCACAUCAAAGUUUCGACAGUUACACUAGAUUUUAUACAGUGCCUGAAUAAAUCCCUGUCAUCUGA